ACGACAAUCUGACGGGGGCAGCAACACGUGAGACGGGUAACGGCCAUGGCAUUGGUAACGGCCAAGCAGCAAGUGUACACGCUUUUCUGGGUGGAAGCAGAAAAAACUGGAGGCGCAAUGCCAGAACCCCAAACGAGCGGCGAGCGUUACAACUCUUUUUCUCUUUCUCUUCUCGCCCUCUUGUUCUUGCUCUUGCUCGGAAGAAGAACGGUCGGCUACCAUCAACCCUAGGUGUAAGUCACUUAUUUCAGUUUGAGGAGGAGGAGGAGGAGGGAAAUAUUGGGGAAGUUUCUUUAUUUCUCUGGGCUGAAGCAUUUUUGGUUGCGGGAAAGGAGAAAGAGUUAACUUCGACGUUACCUCAUUCAUCCAAGGGUUGUUGCUGGUCUGCAUCGGGAAUCAAUUAACCGGGAAGUGAUUAGGAAGAAAAAGAAGGAGAUGUCUUACAAUCAAUUUCAAAACAAUGGAUUUAUGAUGCCCAGCAGAGAGAACUUAUGCCCAGUUGCCGCCACACACCCAUUAGGCACAUCCAAACAAAAUCCAAACUUCCGCAUUAAGUGGACUCCUAGUCUUCAUUGGAUAUUUGUCGUGGCCGUUGAGCGGCUUGGAGGAGCUACUGAGGCCAAGCCUACAGCCAUCGUUCAAGCAAUGGAAACAAUGGGAGUUUUUGGCCUCACCCUUCAACAGGUGAAGAGCCACCUUCAGAAAUACAGGAACCAAAGCAAAUAUGAGAAGAGGGAACAACACAAACAUGGAAGUGAAAGUGAUGAAACUUUGUCAACCUUUUUGGUGCCAUCUCCAGACAUCAGGGAACAUGAAGUUCACGCCUGCAAAACAAGUCUAACAGAAGUAGGCAGACAAAUCCUGGAAGAAAUAGAGGUUGAGGACUUCAUGCUGCAGCUUAACGGAACCCCACAAGACACAUAUAUGGAAUCUUUAGUCGAGGAUCCGUAUGAUAAGGCGAUUAGAGAGUUUCUGAAUGCUUAAGUAUUCAAUUUACUUCCGAGUGAUCUGUCUAGUUUACCUUGUCUCCUUAUUACUGGGUGUGUAUGACUUAAAACUAAUCUUAUCUUGAGAGUUCUAUAUAUACAUAAAUGGAAGACUGCUUGAGUAUUCCUGUUGCUGAUGAGUAGUCGUAAUUCAAGUGUGUAGUGAAUCCCUUGCAAUCA